AAAGCAGAGAGAGAGAGAGUAUAGUGGGACUUUCAUUUGGUUGCUCAGCUCUGGAGUAGUUAUGGCGUCUAAGCUGUGCGAUUCGUGCAAGUCGGCGACGGCGACUCUGUUCUGCCGUGCCGACGCGGCGUUCCUCUGCGUCAACUGUGACGCCAACGUCCACGCCGCCAACAAGCUCGCUUCCCGCCACGCGCGCGUCUGGGUCUGCGAGGUAUGCGAGCAAGCCCCGGCUCAUGUCACGUGCAAGGCCGACGCCGCCGCCCUCUGCGUCACGUGCGACCGCGACAUCCACUCCGCCAACCCCCUCGCCCGCCGCCACGAGCGCGUUCCCGUCACGCCCCUCUACGAACGGGUGAGCUCGGCCAAGUCCGGCACCGUUAACUUCCUUAGCGACCGGUUCGUCUCCGACGACGGAGACGCAGACGCCGAGGCCAGCACCGAGGAGGCAGAGGCCGCCUCGUGGCUGCUCCCGAACCCUAAGGCCGUAGAGAGCCCGGAUCUGAAUUCUGGCCAGUAUACCUUCCCCGAGAUGGAGCCGUACUUAGAUCUGGACUACGGACCAGUCGAUCUGAAGCUGGAAGCGCAUGAACAGAACAGUUCCGGCACCGAUGGAGUCGUUCCGGUCCACAACAAGAGCCCCCAGGCUCCGAUCGUCAACGAGCCAUGUUUCGACCUCGACUUUUCGGCGUCCAAGCCUUUCGUCUACGGCUACAACGCGCACUGCCUCAGCCAUAGCGUAUCAUCGUCCUCUCUAGAUGUAGGCGUUGUUCCUGACGGAAACGCGAUCACCGACAUAUCGGACGCGUACACAACGCCGAUGAACUCUGGAGUGGAUUCGUCGGCGCGUCAUCCGGUGCAGAUAUCGGCGGCAGAUCGGGAAGCUAGGGUUUUGAGGUACAGAGAGAAGAGGAAGAACAGAAAGUUUGAGAAGACGAUCCGUUACGCGUCUCGGAAAGCGUACGCCGAGACGAGGCCGCGAAUCAAAGGAAGGUUCGCGAAGCGGACGGAGGUGGAGCUCGAUGUUGACCGUAUCUCAGGAUAUGGCGUCGUUCCGACGUUUUGAAAACGGCGACGGUGCUGUAAUUGUUUUGUUUUGUCUACUUUUUGAUGUUUUUGUAUAUAUAGUUGUAGUAGGCAACGGAGUUUGAUCGAUGGUAUCACGACCGUCGAUUUUUUUUCGUGGCUUACGUAGUAAUGACUUUUGCUUCUGUAAUAUGACUGAUGAUGAGCAAUUUUUAGCUAUGAAUCUAUAUAUUUGCUGUGCAAGAAAGAAUGGUUUUGC